AUGGAUGAUCACGAAUUAAACUUUGCGUCUUCCUUGCGGCACGAUUCCUCAAGCAAGACCCUUGAGUCGGACUCAUCGGAGCGCAUGAAUCGACGACAAUCGAAGGUUUCCAUCUUUCAUUUAGCUGCCUUUGUUUUCGUGUUGGGAUUUUGCUUCCUUGUAGCUGGAGUAGUGCUGAUAACUUUGUCUCAAACACGGACAUCAGAGACGCAAAAGAACUCUGCCUUCAAUCAAACGAUCGACAGUAAAAAAAACUACACAUUUGGCGAAAACAAGACAGUCACAGAAAGUCGCUGUGCGUUUUCGUCAGGAGGUCAGCUUGCAGGUUUAGAGUCAUUCUUCAGAAAGAUAAGAGAAGUACAAACCAGCUUUACACCUUACAAAAGUUACCUCACAAAAGAACAAUUUAAACCUUACAACCCAGAGCCACAGGCAGUCAAAAAGUUAACUGACCAAACAAAGAGACUCUAUGAAGAACUGUUGGAGAUAAAAGCUAGCUUGGAAGUGGGAAAACUAAAGCUACAUGAAAGACGACAAUUAGCUGUUGCGGAGCACGAAUUGAAACAUUUCUUCGGGAAACCUUAUGGAAACAAUUAUUAUACAGGAGCUUGGAUGCUGGGUCCGGGUCAGAGAUGCACAUUGGAACCAAUCGCAUCUCUACCUCUUCACUUAAACAUAGCCCUUUACAUAUUUUUAACAAAUCAGAACAAAACUUUGAAAGUUGCAGAAGAUUUCAUAAAGAUGCUACCAAAAUUUCGAGAAGGAAUCCAACGGUACAAGUUGAACCUACAGAGGGGUGUGACAUCUGGAAUGAUCCGCUCCAGAAGCGAGUGUGUCGAGGGUAUUGACUGCAUGAAAGGAAAAUACCGUGAUCUUUUUACGCAAAAAUCUCCCGAGGCUGUGCUAUCCUGGUAUAGAGUGCACAAUCGUAUAGAAAACUUUGCGAGACACGUAAAACCGCAAGAUUUAUCUUCGUGGAUUGAGAAGUAUGGAAAAAAUAUGUCCGACUCUCUAACAAACAGUGUCGUCAAAUUCAUCGGAAUGCCAAUGGUCAGUUUGUUUGAUUAUCUCGAAAAUGAUCACAUCUCACACUGCGUGCCUGACAAUGUAUCCAGUGGACUGGGAACAAGGCCCGUUGAUCACGUGUAUAUCAACGGAACAAAGACGUCAAUCAAGACCAACCAGACAUUGGAUGGUAAAGAGAGGAUAAUGAAAGGGAAAGAUGCGUAUGCGGAAAUUGUUUCGUAUUUCACCACAACAAAGUAUACACCAGGCAAGUAG